AUGGAAAUCGAGCCUCCUGCCACUCCUCCCUCUCCCUCAAAGAGAAAGUCACCCUCUUUUAACACCACCGACCGACCCCGCCACCGCAACCACAAGCGUCAGAGGACCGUCGAGCGCGAAGACCCCCCGUUCAAGCCGAGUUACCAUUCUCUGAGCCAGCUAGACACGUCCUCGGAGAAAUUCGUCGAGUCACAUCACAAAGGCCAGGAGUCGGAAGGCAAAACGACUGUGUCUGAACCUAUGGACAUUGAGUCCCAAGAUGGAGCCAACAACCACGUACAACUUUCGGAAGAUCUUGCGCGCGCUCUCGACAGAAACAUACGAGUACCCAUCUCAGCCCCUCUCGAACCUGACGUAUCGGAAGGUGAAACAACUGUGUCUGAACCCAUGGACAUUGAGUCCCAGAACACAGCCGGCAAUCGCCUUCAACUCGCCCACGAUCUUCAGUACGCCCUCAACAGAAGCACUCGCAGGCCCAUCUUCGCGUCCUCACUCGAACCUGGGCUGUCGAAAAGCGACAUCGACGACGAACUCUUCGAUUCCGACUUUGAGUUGGACUCCGACGACGAAGACUUCAACUCUGUCACCAAAGAACCUUCUCGCUCCAACCGAGUCAUCAGCAGAUACGAAGGGGAAUUUUACGCCGCCAUGUGUGACAUCGAGUAUUACAACUCGCUCCCAGAACCGGAGCUCCGACGCCAAGCCAUCCGUUGGAUGGAAGAGAACUCCCGUAAUGAUCCCAAGGGCACCGUUGUUUACCCUCCACCGUGGUACAUCGGUACCCGUUUCCACCCUCCUCGUCCCAAGAUUUGGAUCAAGAAUUUCUUCUCGGGUGGAGUUCGUCCGCGCCAGUUGGUUAAUGACCGGCUGGCCGCGAUGACCGUUUCUCAGAGAAAGAAGUGGGCAAGGGAUCACGGCAUGGGAGGUUAUGAUGACGAGGACGCAGAUAUGGAUACCGAGUAG